UGCGCAUGCGCAAACAUGCACGCACGGUUCAAAACAAUAGUCUCUUGAAUGUGUGAGAUUUGUUAUUAUACAUCAUAAACAGCAGACGUACGCUCUUAUUGAACGCCACACGCAUCAAACCACAACAUUUUCCUCUCAGGAGGCUGAGAUAUAAAGCGGACCCGUGCUGGAGCGGCGUUAAGAAGACCCCUGUUUUGUUGACGAUGUGCAGGCUGAGUGUGGGAUGGACACGUACCCGGCCGUGAGAGACGACCCGUCGGAUGCCGCCAGGCAGCAGGAGAGACACUAUUACCUGCUGUCAGAGCUGCAGACGCUCGUGAAGGACCUGCCCAGCUCGUUCCAGCAGCGUCUGUCCUACACCACUCUCAGUGAUCUGGCCCAAGCGCUCAUCGACGGGACGGUGUACGAAAUAGUGCAAGGACUGCUGGACAUUCAGCACCUGACGGAGAAGAACCUCUACAACCAGAGACAGAAACUACACAGCGAGCACAGAGCUCUCAAGCAGGAUUUGGUUCGGAAGCACAAGCAGGCUCUGCAGAUGUGCAAGUCUCACAAUCUGUCCGUUGUGAAAAGCAACCAGAGAGCGGAGACUGAGGCUCUUGAUCAGCGGGUGAGAGAAGAGCAGAGGAUGAUGGACGAGAAGGUGGUGGCUGAGAUGGAUCAGAAGGUUCUGGAUCAGCAGAACACUCUGGAGAAAGCAGGCGUGCCGGGUUUCUACAUCACCUCCAACCCUCAGGAGGUGAUGAUGCAGAUGAAUCUUCUGGAGCUGAUCCUGAAGCUGCAGCAGAAAGAGAGCGGUGUCUGGAUCUCUUCCUGACCGGGCGUGGAUGAG